ACAGAGGAGACAGAGAUUCCUCAGGUAACUUACCUGCAACAUUUCAUAUUAUAGAGCGCAACAAGGGGUUCCUAUAAGUAAAAUUCACUCUAUAGAUUAUCAUAAUGAUACAUAAUAAAUGAUGCCCCUGGGGUUCUUUUUUUAUGUUUAUGGUGUUAUAGAGAGAAACAGCUAUUCUCCAAAAAGACCUCAGUGUUACUCAGAAGGCCAUGAGGGAUCUACAGAGAGAUAAAUGGCUCCUGGAGAAAGAGUUUCAAGUGUGGAGAGUUGCAGCCCAGUCAGAGCAUGAUUCACUGGGGGACAAAUGUACUGAGCUGAAGAGCAUGAUGGAGGCAAUGAACCAACAUAACCAGCAUCUGGAAGAAGAACUGGACAGAGUCAGACAUAUGUUGUGUGUGAGGGACAGAGAUCAGCUCAGAAUUGACUUCCGUUCCCAUUCAGACCUUCAACCAGAACACGAUGACAGCAUUAGUGAAAACGACUGGACUCAACCUGGCUGUUCAAAACCUCAAGACAGCUCCAGUGGAGAAGAGCGGGUUCAGGAGGGGAGAGAAGCAUAUCAGGAAGGAAGAAUAGAAGCGGAUGUGGAGGUAUCAGAAGACAUCUCCACAAAUCUGGAUGACACAGAAGAGGAUGUCCAUACAGCUUCAGAGCAGCAAGAGGAAGCUGAGGAGGAGGGGCUACAGGAGGAGCUACUGCAUAAAAGACAAGAUCUUUCUUUACUUCAUCGACCCAUGUCUGAUUUAGCUCUGGAAGAGCACUCAGACUCAGAUGACUCAGAUGUGGAUGAGGAAGAGGAACUUUGUGAGCUUGUACAGCGACUUCGAAAUGAGCUUUCUCUAUAUACAGCCACAGGUUCAGUCAGUCUGCAGAAAGAAAAGCUAAUGACGGCAGCAGAGGGAGUCAGAGAUUCUGUUUCUCAUCUUGUCACUUCUGUAAGGACCACCAGUUUGGCAUGAUGGCAGCCAAAAUAACUUUCCCUUACCUGCAAACAAUACAAGCCAAUUUCCAUCUCUCAUUCCAUCACAAGGUUAAUCAUAACAGCAGAUGCUUGCAGUGUACUCCCAGUGUACAGAUGCUUGCAGUGGUCGAUAAUUCACAAUUUAAUGGAAUCUAAAAAUAAAUAGGUUUAAAGAUUUCAUUGGUUAAUAUUAGAGAGGCACCAAUACUGACAUUCAGAUGAUACACAAAAGGCAAUAAUUAUAUUCUUGUUACUAUGAAAAUAUUUGAAAUUAAUUGGUCAGUUGUGACAUUACAUGGUCAAAGAGUGUUUAACAUCUAAUAUAGAAGCGUUUGCUUUGAUUUGGGUCUGUCUGGGUUUAUUUAAAGAUAAUGACCAGGUGACCCUUAAUUAUAGCCCAUACCAAUAACUUACCAAUAUUAUAGACCAUUGCAGUUUGGUCUGAAAAUAUCAAAUCACAGUAAAACUAAGGAGAAAAAAAAACAUAUAUAUAUAAAAAAAUAUAUAUACAGGCCUAUUGUUUGAUUAGAUUAUUCUUGACAAAAAUAUAAAUAAUAAGAGAACAGAACUGUAGUCUUUGGAUUAUAGGUAAAUGAGAAGUCGGUUAUUUAAGAGAGUUUUUGAAACAAAAUUAUAUAGAAUACACAUACUACAACUAUGAACAUUUGUAGCCCUGAGAUAAGGAGAAAAAACAUUUCAGCAUUUCACAUGUGCACAAGUUGAAAUACAUGAUGUAGGGAAAACUAAUAUAGGCAGAAGUCAAUACUGGACGCUGAUACCAUUACCAAUAAAUUUAGAAAAUCUAAUAUUGAGCAAUAAAUGAUAUCAUUCAUGCCUAGUUAAUGUGUGAUUUUAUAGUGAAUUUAUAUGCUGUUUUUUUAUUGAUUUUUUUUUAAUACUAGACGUUUUGGAUGUUAUUUUAUAAGUCUGGUGGAUAAUAAAUAAACAUUGAUAUUUUUUUCAGUACACCAUAAAUUUCUUAUAGGUUCUGAAAAAAAUUUAAUAUGGAGUGGUUUUAAAUUUCAGCGUGAAUGCAAAGCCUGCCAAUGAAAGGGACAAACUGAAUGUACUAAAAGAAAGACUUCUGAAUCUCAGAAGUGAUGAAUUGAUGACUUGUUUGAUGUCAAAAUUAGGGGGGAAAAAAAAGAUCUCAAAGUUGAAUUUUUUUUGUUAAGUUUUUUAUUAUCAUUAUUUGUGUUUUGGCAAUGUUUCCAUGGGAACAUGAGAUGGCUGUAAAAGGGCUCAGGGUUUAGAAGAUGAGUUCAAAAACCUGAUGGUGUAGAUCAAUGAUGGUAUAGAAAAACACCCUCUCUUUCUGCUCUUAUUCCAGUGGCAUAGCCCCAAACUAGAGCUCUCACUACUGAAACAGCCCCAUUCUAUUAAUAAUAUCAUUUUAAUAUCACAAGUGCCUCAAUUAUGCGGUCCCACACAGAUGACAAUGACAUUUUCAUUUUCAGAAGCUGAGAUUUUCAUAGAAACAUUCAUUUUAAGUAAUCAGAAGCUUAUUAUAAUGUCAAACAUAGAUGGCCGAGCAUAUAAAAGACUGCCUUAUUAAUAAUCUGCUAGCUUGAGAUCGAUUUCAUUGUUAGUCUCAGUUGAGAAUUCUUUACCAAACCGUAGAGUUUGUGCAAUGUUUCCCCUUUGCAUAGUAAGUAAAUGUUAACUGUUUUUCCUUUGACAUGCAGAUACCUUGAAAAGCGCAGCAGGCUGUGUGGGCUCCGCCCCCAGUGCAGUUACAUCAUGCAGCUCUCUGAUUGGCCAGUGAUGGCAUUCAGGUCAGGGCAGACCUACAGGGCCCAGCCAGUUUAAUUGUUUUUUUCUUUUCUUUUUUUCUAUUUUUUUUUUCUUUUUCUUUUUUCCAAGGGGAACAGUAAUUGACGUCAUUAGGCAUAUAUAUAACAGUGGUGAUU